UCUGCACUCUCCAUUCUAUUGUGCGUAUUUGGACGAAUGAUUGGUUAAACAUCAAAUGUGUUUCUCCUGACUGAAAAUCCAUGUUCACCAUUGUGUAUUCAAUGUCUGCUGUUUUCGAGUGAGUGUGUUGAGUUUUCUUUGUCAAACAUACAUAAUUCGGUCCAUUUAUUUCGGCUGAUUCAUGAAGUAGAAAAGGCUAAAUGAACCUCUCAAAUUCCGAUUUGAACGAACGCUUGUAUUUUAUCAACUUUAACCAAGACAGCACUUAAAAAUGGAAGUUGAACUGGAUCAAGAAUUGCUGUAUACAGCCCUUCAAUACCAUGGGCCAAAAUUACAAGAAGCAUUAGAAAGUCAUGUAGGUGAUUCUGAAGUAUUCACAGGACUUUCUAGUUUGAGUUUCCCUGCUUAUGCAAAUGGACAUAAUGCAGCUAAUGAUUUGGACGAUGAAAAACAAUUGAAAAUUCAUAAAUUUAUUGUAAAUCAUUCCAAGACAUUUUUUAAUGUUGAUUUAUUAGCUAACAAUAAGCUUAAACAAUGUGAAGACUUUGAAACAAACUCAUUUACUGUCAUGCCACCAUAUGAAGUAUUUGGAUAUACCAACAAAGAAAUGAAAUUAAAACAUUUCUUAAAUGAACUAUCAGAGGGUGAAAUUAUAAUUACUUCAAUAUCUUCUAAAACUGUAUCAGGAUUAAUUUUAAAAGUAUUAUGCACAUAUACUGAACCUAUUAGAUGUGUUUCUGAUAUUGUUGUGCGUGGUUUUUGUCUAGCAUCUAUUCCUGGUUUGAGUAUUGGGGACAAUUUAUGUUGUGAAGUUUUAGAAGUUGUUCCUGAAGCUUGUAAAUUAAUUUGUGGAGUAAAAGGACUUAAAUGUCAUAAGAAGUAUAAGGAUCUACUUGGUUUAUUUAAUAUGGAUAAUUGCCCUCAGACAUUUAAAUUGUUUCAUGCCGGUAAAAAUGAUGAUUCAUAUGAUUUUAUGUUACAAAAUUCUACAGGAUUUAAAAAUCCAUCUAAUAUUUGUAACUUGGAGUUAAUUACAGGUUUAUCUGAAGAUAGAUAUUCCAUUUUACCUGCUUUAUCUGGAAGUUUUCCCGAAAAAGAAAAUGCAUUGGAGCUGAGAAAAGUUCAGUCAGCACAAUGGGCUAUACAAAGUGUUUCUGAUGGAAUAAAAUAUUUUAAAGCUGGACAACAUUCAGAAGCAUUUUUAUGUCUUAAUAAAGCAUUAACAAUAGAUUCGCUAAAUGUAGAAGCUUAUGUGGCGAGAGGUGCUUUAUAUGCCAAUCUAAGCCGUUUUCAAAAAGCAAUUGAAGAUCUGAAGUCUGCCUUAAAAAUAAAUCCUAAACAUGCCAAUGGUCGUAAGUAUCUAGCCGAAACUUUAAUGGGUUAUGCUAGAACCUUAGAAUCACAAAAUAAAUUGGAAGAAGCAUUACAAUAUUAUGAAGAAUGCUUACAUAUUAUACCUGAUCAUGAUGAAGCUAAAGCAUCUAUUGAAUAUCUAAAAUCUACUCUUUUAGUUGGCAAAACUAUAUCUUCUAUUUCAUUUGAUAGUUUAAAUAAGAAAAAAAUUGAUACUGAUGUAGAUUUAGAAAAAUCUGCAAGCAGUAGUAGUAGUUCAAAUAAUAGCAAUAGUAGUUCGAGUGAUAGUUCAAGUAUGGGAAGUUCUUCUGAAGAUGAUAGUAAUAGUUCUUCUGAUAGUGAUUCUGAUCAUUCUUCUUCUUCUGAUAGUUCGAGCGAUGGAUCAUCUGGUAAUGAUUCCCAGAAAAUUGAAAAAGAAAGGUCAUUGUCACCAUUUAGUAAACGCUUAGCUGUUAUGGAUAGGAAUAGUACAAAUGGAGGUGGAUUACCUUGCAAUCCUUCAUUUAUUUCUCCAGAAAAUUCUCAAUCUCAACAGUCAAAUGUAGAAAAAGAAAAUGAUAUUGAAGCUAGAAUUCAAAAGUUAUUAAUUUUGAGUCAAACAAGCAAAGGAAAAAAAAGUAAACAAAUCGGAAUUAAUCUUCAAAAAUUGUUACAAGAUGCAUAUGCCUUGAAGAACGAAGAAAAAAAAACAGAAAAGAAAAUUAAAAAAUCUAAAGAAAAAAAGAAAUCUCAUAAACACAAGAAAAAAGAUUCUAAAAAUAAACAAAAAGGUGCUAAAGAUCAAGAACAUCAUCAUAAAAAAAAUAAAUCUAAAAAGCACAAAUUUAGUGAUAUACCAUUUGAAAAUGAACAGCAAAUGGCUCAAAAGUCCAGUCUUCCUGAUCCAGAGAGUGUUAAAUCAAAUUUAUCCAACUUAAAAGAAAACAUUUUCUUUAAAAAGUAUGUUAAACAAGAUAAACCUACUGAUCAAAAUGUUAAUGAUAAGGAAAAUGAACAAUCAGAUAUGUUUAAAGCUACUGAAACUAUAGAAAUGCCAAAUACUUAUAAAUAUGUAGAAGACCCUUCUUUAAUUCCUACACCAAAGUUUAAAAUGCAAUUACCAACUACGACUACAACUUUUGUUAAACCUAAAAAGAAAGAGCCUGUUGAAAGUGCAUCAUAUAAUUGGGACAAUAAUCGGUUGCCACCUAAUCAUGAUUUAAUGAGGACACAAACUUCAAAUAAUAUUGAACCCAAUAUUGGAGAUCAUUCAUUUCCUACUGCUUAUGACACAACAAACAGCAAAGGAUAUUUUAAUAUUUCUGGAUCUACUCAUCCGGUACCUGAAAAUAACUUGAAUAACAUGGAAUUUCAACAAAAACCAUCUUAUUCAAGUCCAAACAAUAAGGAAAGAUCUCGAAGUCGUUCCGCAUCUAAAAAACGAAUAGCAUAUUUAAGAAGCAGAAGCUCUGGGGGUCGUUCAAGCCAAUCACCAUUUAAAAAGAAACCUAAAGAAACGUCCAAGUCGAAAUCUAGGAGUCGUUCAGGUUCAUAUCCUCGUCAUAGACGUUAUUCAUCUUCACGCUCCAAUCGGUCUCGUUCGUCUUCACGUUCAUAUUCUCGAUCACGUUCCCGUUCACGUUCCAUGUAUCAUCGUAAUAAUCGCAUGCCAUAUUAUAAUAACCGUAAUCGUGGUACAUACUAUAAGCCACGAUUCCAAAAUCAAAAUCAUCAUAAUCGUGGUUUUCAAAAUCGUGGCUUUCAACAUCGUGGAGGAUAUAUGCACCGCCAAAAUUAUAAUAAUUAUAACAAUAAUUGGAAUAAUAGAGGUCAAAGAGGUGGUGGAAGACAGCGUUUCUUCCAUUACAAACCUAGGCAAUUUGAUCGAAAUAGACACUAUGAAAGGCGCAGUUAUUCAGCUUCACCAAAUCGUCGGAGCCGUAGCCGUAGUAAGAGCCGUAGUGGAUCAAGAAAUUCUUCAAAGGAUUAUCAUAGAAAACGUUAUUCUGGUAGUGGUGAAGAUCUACAACAUAUUACUAACAAUAAGCCAAAAACUCCACCAGAGCCAGCUGUUGAAACUAAUAAAUGGGCAAUUGAUAAUACUGAUAACAAUGGUAAUAGAAAUUCACACGAUCAUGAUGAAGGCUCCAUUGAAUAAAAGCUGACAAUUUAAUUAAUUAUUUUCAUCUUAUUUGAUUUUAUUCAAACAUUCACUUAAAAUGUAUUUUUAUUGUUUAAAUUAUAAAUUUUUUUGUUUGGAUUUCAUUUUAAAUAAGCACCUUGGAAAAAACUAUUAAAACUAAAGAAUGUUUCUUUGUAUUUGAAUACUACAAUAUUAGAUUUAUAAUUUUGCAUUAAUAUAUUAGUCACUGGGCUUUUAUAACUAGUACACCAUUUAUAU